AUGGAUUCAAAUGAAAAUGAAACAAAAAAAAAAGAGAGUAAUUACAAGUUUUUAAAUUCAGAUGAAAUAAAUAAUCUAGAAUAUAUUUUUAAUAAACUAAAAAAAAAUAAAAAUGAUAAUGUAUCUGUUCAAAAUUUACAAAAAUUUCUCAUUAAUAGUCAUAACAAGGAUAUAUGCGAUGAUCUCUUAGAUUUUUUUCAUUCAUAUGGUGGUACUAUAAGUUUAGAUGAUUUUUUGAGCGCUUUAAACUGUGAUAUGAAUGAAUUUAAAUCGAAAGAAAAGAUAAAGAGUUUAUUUGAAAUGUUAGAUGCAAAUAAAAAAGGAUAUAUAUCAUUUAAAAAUUUUGUCCAAUCUGCAAAGGAAUUUGAAAAUGAGUUUGACGAAGAAACACUGAAAAAAAUAUUUAACAUUAUAGAUUUAAAUAACAAUGAUAAAAUACUUUAUGAAGAGUUUAAAAAUUCAAUAUCUAACAUUUAA